CCUCUGAACCUGCUGUCCCCUUCCCCGCAGGGCUCUGCCGUCCCUGGCAGCACGAGGGAAGAUGAACAAGAUGAAGAACUUCAAGAGGAGGUUUUCGCUCUCGGUGCCGCGCACGGAGACCAUCGAGGAGUCUCUGACGGAGUUCACGGAGCAGUUCAACCAGCUCAACAACCAGAGGAACGAAGACCUGGCUCAGGGACACCUGCAGCUGGCACAGCUGGGCAGGGAGGUGGCAGCUGACGGCAGCCCCGUGUCCCCGCCGGAGGGGCAGGGCCGGUCGCCGGUGGCCGCCGUGCGCUACCGCAACCACGGCCAGCGCCGCUUCUCCAUGGAGGACGUCAGCAAGCGCCUCUCGCUGCCCAUGGACAUCCGGCUGCCCCCCGAGUUCCUGCAGAAGCUGCAGAUGGAGAGCCUGGAGCUCCCCAAGCCCCUGAGCAGGAUGUCCCGGCGGGCCUCCCUCUCAGAUAUCGGCUUUGGGAAGCUGGAAACCUACAUUAAACUGGACAAACUGGGAGAGGGCACCUACGCCACGGUGUUCAAGGGCCGCAGCAAACUGACAGAAAACCUGGUGGCGCUGAAGGAAAUCCGCCUGGAGCACGAGGAGGGGGCUCCCUGCACGGCCAUCCGGGAAGUGUCGCUGCUGAAGAACCUCAAGCACGCCAACAUCGUCACCCUGCACGACAUCAUCCACACCGAGCGCUGCCUCACCCUCGUCUUCGAGUACCUGGACAACGACCUCAAGCAGUACCUGGAGAACUGCGGGAACCUGAUGAGUGUGCACAACGUGAAGAUCUUCAUGUUCCAGCUGCUCCGUGGCCUGGCUUAUUGCCACGGCAGGAAAAUCCUGCACCGAGACCUCAAACCCCAGAACCUGCUCAUCAACGAGCGAGGGGAGCUCAAGCUGGCGGAUUUUGGAUUAGCCAGGGCCAAGUCGGUCCCCACAAAAACCUAUUCCAACGAGGUGGUGACGCUCUGGUACCGGCCCCCCGACGUCCUGCUGGGAUCCACUGAGUAUUCCACGCCCAUCGACAUGUGGGGCAGGGCCCCUCUCUCCUGCCGCAUUUCCAUCCUUCCUGCUGCAUUUCCAUCCCUCCUGCCGCGUUUCCAUCCCACCCAGUGCCCAUGGCAGGUCCCCUCUCCCCUCACAGGAACCCCCACAGAGGACACCUGGCCUGGCAUAACGUCCAACGAGGAGUUCAAGGCUUACAACUUCACCCAGUACCGAGCCCAGCCGCUGAUAAAUCACGCCCCGAGGCUGGACUCGGAGGGCAUCGACCUGCUGGCAGAUCUCCUCCUGUACAGGGCCAAGGGCCGGAUCUCAGCCGAGGCAGCCCUGCAGCACCCCUACUUCAAGAGCCUGGGGGAGCGCGUGCACCUCCUGCCUGACAAUGCCUCCAUCUUCUCCCUGAAGGAGAUCCAGCUCCAGAAGGACCCCGGCCACCGAGGCUCGGCCUUCCAGCACUCAGCCCGCGGCAAGAACCGGAGGCAGAGCAUAUUUUAAACCCGGAGCUCGCGUUCUUCCCCCGGUCGCCAUGGAGAUGGAAGCGCUGGGAAAGGAGCGGCUCCCACCCGACCCUCGGCAGAAUUCCCGGCUCCAGCAGGACCCGAACCCCCGGGAGAUGCCCUCCAUGGACCUGUGGCCUUGUCCCCUCCUUGUUUUGGUGUUGUCCCCACCGAGAGGUGCUCCAGGGAGGAGCUGCCGGCCCCUGUGCUGCCCCGGGAGGGUCUGGGGGCUCCGGGUGGGGAUUUGGGGGGUUUGGCCGGGCAGGAGCUGCUGGAAAUGCAACUUUGCUGAGACCA